AUGGGGAACAGUUCAGACACGCAAAUAACAAAUGACUUACGUUAUGGAAAGGUGAAUAAAUUCACAUACGAAAAUUCAUUGAUAAUUUAAAAGGCUAUUGACUUUAAUAAUGCACCUGAUUAAUUAGCUAAUUGCAUUCAUCGAUGUCAAUUAAGUCAAUAAAUAAAUCAUAAGAACAUAAUAAAAUUGCACAAAUAUGAAGUAGAUUAGCUUAAUGUAUUAAUAUAUUUUGAGCAUUAUGAUUAUGAUUUAUAAUAAGACAUAUAGAGAAGAAAAAUGAAUAAUGUAAGAAUGAUGAAGUAUAAUUAAGAACUAUUACCAAGAGCAUGAACUUUUACAGAUGUUUGAUCAAUUCGUUUCAGCGUUAGCCUACCUUUAAUAAUAAUAAAUUUUUCAUGAUGAUAUCAGACCUUAAGUAUAACUUAUGAUAAAUAGAAUAUUUUUUUGACUCCAAAUGAUACAAUUAAAUUGAAUUAAUAAUGGGUGAUAGAUAACACUCAAAACUAGCAAAGAUAUUAUGCACCAGAACAAAUAUAGCCAUAGUUAUCAAAUUUAUAACCUAAUCCAUUCAAAAGUUCAUCAUAUAGUUUAGGAAUAACAAUGCUUCAUUUAAUGACAUUAACAUCAAUGGAAAUGGUCUAUUUUAAAAAUCAAGUCAAUUAAUAACUAGUUAAUGAGUUAUUAAGAUGUACAAAUUACUCGAAUAAAUUAAUUAAUAAAAUUCAAAAUUUACUAUUUUAAUCUCCAUAAUAAAGAACUGAUUAUAUGUUUUAGAUAAAUAAACAAGUUAAUUUAUAAUAAAAACUAUUAUCCAGUCCUCCAAAAACAAUAACAUCAAGUUAAAGAUAUAUUUAUAGAACAUCUUAAUCACCUUUAACAAGAACAAUUUAACCUCGUCAUUCUCAUUCUCCUUUUACUUUUAGAAGGAUUGCCUAAUUAUAAACUCCUAUUUAAUAACCUCUUCCAUAAUAAAUAACAAUCAUAUAAAGCAGUCCAAGAUAAAUUAUUAAGACUUCUAGCCCAAUAAAUAUUGUUAAAUAAUAAGAAUAAUAAUCUUAAUUGAUGUUUACUCCUAAUUAAUCUGUAAAAAAUAAAGAAAUGAUUCAAAAAUUAAAUGAAACAACUCCAAAAACAGAUUUAGAUUAUAGGAUAUAGAAAGCUUUAAAAUAAACUAAUGAAACACUUAGGAAGAAUUACAUGUUGUAAUGA